AUGUCCGAGCCAGACUCGUCCAACCUGCGCGACGUCGGUGCUCUCGCCUCGUGGGCCGUCUCGUCGGCCAAGCCGGGCUACGGCGUCGAGCACAUGCGCGAUCCAGACACGGCCACCCUCUGGCAGAGCGAGGGCGCGCAGCCUCACCUCGUCAACAUCCAGUUCCCCAAGAAGCAGGCCAUCUCUCAAGUGUGGGUCUACGCCGACAUCGGCCAGGACGACUCGUACACCCCCCACAAGCUCUCGAUCCGCGCCGGGACCUACCACGGCGACCUGCACGAGGUGCGCUGGGUCGAGCUCGGCCAGCCCAAAGGGUGGCAGGUCGUGCGCCUCAGCGCGUCGGUCCGCCCGGGCGAGGAACCCUCGGACCUUAAGGACGACCCGGUGCGCGCCCACCUGCUCCAGAUCGCCAUCAUCUCGAACCACAUGAACGGCAAGGACACGCACGUGCGCGGCAUCCGCGUCUUUGCCCCGAGGCCACUCGACCUCGACGACGACGUCAUGCCGUUCCGCACAGUCGCGUUCACGCAGCACGAGACGAUCCGCUGAGCGAG